GAACGGGGUAUGUCAACCUGAUUAGGAAAACUUUCGCCCCCAGUGCGGACGAGGGGAAGUGCAGCCUUGUCGGCUGCUCGAAGGUUUCGAAGCCCGGAUGGAGUGGAGCAGCCAUUGGGGAAGUCUUGUACCGUGCUGGGCUUUAACGUUGCACAAGGGGUCUCUCUCGCUCCCUGAGAUCAAAUCGUCUAAGUAAAAAAGCGACGAGGACAGACAUUGUCGCGGCAGGAGAUCCCUUCUUUGACUCGUCGCCGGAACUUAAAAACUCCCUAAAGGACUUUUUGUCCUGCUGGGGGAAACGUACAAGUUGAGGAAAAGCGCACAGCGGAAAAGAGCACCACAGCUGAGCUACUAGCGCGGCACUGCUAGCCACACAGCUAACAGGGCAGGCAGCAGAAGUGGCAACUACAGCCUGGCAGCUGCCAACUCGUUUUUCCACAUCCGGAGCUUGAAAUCCAGUCAGCGGGCCGGGCUCUGAUUGAAUCCAGGGACUUGCUUCAUGAAUUAUGUCUGCCACAAGCAUUGACCCUCAGCGAUCAAAGGGACAAGCUUCUAAAGUGCAAAAUGGUUCACUGCAUCCGAAGGAGACUGUCCAUGACAAUGACUUUGAGCCAUACCUCACUGGUCAAUCAACUCAGAACAACAGCUACCAGUCCAUCACCGAUCCUUACCUGUCCAGUUACUACGCUCCUUCCAUCGGCUUUCCGUACCCACUCAGUGAGGCUCCUUGGUCCACAGGCGGCGAUCCCCCAAUUCCAUACCUUACCCCCUACGGACCCUUGAGCAAUGGCGACCAUCAUUUCAUGCCGGACACGGUGUUCGGCCAGCCGGGUGGCCUGGGAAGCAGCAUUUACCCUCACAGGUUUAAUUUUUUCCCCGAAAACCCCGCCUUCUCCGCUUGGGGGACAAGCGGCUCUCAGGGCCAGCAGACUCAAAGCUCAGCCUACGGCGGCAGCUACAGCUACCCGCCCAGCUCCCUCGGUGGUACGAUUGUACCUGACGGUCAGACGGGUUUUCACAGCGACACGCUCAACAAAGCACCUGGUAUGAACAGCCUAGAGCAGGGCAUGGUGGGUUUGAAGAUUGGCGCGGACGUCACCAACCAGGCGUCUGCGGUCAAGGCUGUGGGCUCGGUGAUUGGCGGCGCCGCAGUGGCAGCCGCGGGGAAUGGCGCCACGCCAAUUGGAAUGCCCCCGCCCAAACCCGCCUCCUGGGCAGCCAUCGCCAGCAAGCCUGCCAAGCCGCAGCAGCUGAAAGCUAAGCUGAAGCCGGGGCUGGCCAACCCAGGGAUGGCUCUUCCCCCGCCGCCCAUUAAACACAAUAUGAACAUUGGCACUUGGGAAAAGGGACCUGUGACCAAAGUGGCCACGCUGCAGCACCACCACCACCACCACCAGCAGCAGCACGGUGUUCCUCAUGCCAUUUCCCAUCAGGCCCCCAUGCAGCCUCCCCAUCCUCAGUCUCUGGUGCAGCCUCAGAUGCAGCCCAUGGCCUUACAGCACCAACCGCCCCACCACCAGCACCACCCGCCACCCCCCCAGCCCUACCAAAACCACACCCAGCCACCGCAGACCCAAACCCGCUGGGUAGCCCCGCGCAACCGCAACCAAGCCUACGGGCAGGGAGGUCCCGGCCACGACGGUAGCGUGAUGAUGGGUAUGCUCGGUAGCGCAAACUGCAGCCCGCCAACUUACACCAGCCAAGGACCUGGCGGCGAGUCCCACCCAGUGCUAGAGAAGCUCCGUGCCUCCCACAGUUAUAAUCCCAAGGACUUUGAAUGGAACCUGAAGAACGGCCGCGUGUUCAUCAUCAAGAGCUACUCUGAGGACGAUAUCCAUCGCUCCAUCAAGUACUCCAUUUGGUGCAGCACAGAGCACGGCAAUAAGCGACUGGACUCAGCCUUUCGCACCAUGAACGGCAAAGGCCCCGUGUACCUGCUCUUCAGCGUCAAUGGCAGCGGCCAUUUUUGCGGCGUGGCCGAGAUGCGUUCGCCCGUGGACUACGGCACCAGCGCCGGCGUUUGGGCGCAGGACAAGUGGAAGGGCAAGUUUGAUGUGGACUGGUUGUUUGUGAAGGACGUGCCUAAUAGCCAGUUGCGUCACAUUCGCCUGGAGAACAACGACAACAAGCCGGUGACCAACUCCCGCGACACGCAGGAGGUUCCUCUGGAGAAGGCCAAGCAGGUGCUUAAGAUCAUCACCACCUACAAACACACCACCUCCAUCUUUGAUGACUUUUCACACUAUGAGAAGAGACAGGAAGAAGAGGAGGAGGUGCGCAAGACGUUUGAACCUGCUCAAAUUCAGAGCCGCUCUCGCUUGGAUCAGGAGCGCCAAAACAGGAAUAAACAAUAGAAGACGUUUAUUUUUGGCUUGAUCAAGUUACACUAGGACACGAUUGAUUUAAGAGACAGAAGAAUACGAAAUGCAAACGGACCCUUCAUGUUUUCAUUUUCAAGUCUGGGAAUUUUCUGCCAUCAAAGAAUAUGUCAUUUAUUUUUCCCCCAUCUUCGCUCUACUCCACAGGCAACACUUGUGCAGGGAUUGAGUUGAUUUUGUGUAUUAUGCCACUUUAAAUUCACUGUUUGUUAAAAAAAUCUUCCAAAUAUUUUCUUAACAUCUCGCCAGACUGGUUGAGUUGUUUCCUGUGCCCACUAGCUCCUCUCGUCUGAUCUCCUCAGCUGCAUCAGGGUUUGACUGUAUCCUCCAGAAUAAAUCUGCCAGCCACUUUAUAUUUCCGUACAAUCAGGAAUGGCCAUGUCUUACCCCUAUUUGUCCACGUGGGGGCAGAAUUGCCAGGUUUUAGAGGUCUAACUGUGCCAACAGUGUUGGAGCAUCCUAAAGGAAAUUUGAAACUGUGUGAUAAUGAAACUUCAGUGAUUUGUUUUUCAUGCACAUUAACAAAAUCUCUAUUUUUUGGGGGCAUACUACUGACAACUUUGAUGAUUGUUUUCUGAAGCCUUAGUGUUGUUGUUUUUUCCCCUCCUCCCCACUAAUUGAACUGCGAACACAGUGACACUGCUGUAGAAAUCAGGGAUCGUGUGACAUCACACAAGACAUUUCAGAGGAGGAUUCUGGGGGGGGGGGGGGGGGGAACAGAACCAUUGACCUAUCUUUUAACAAACAAACAAGAAAACAUCAAAAUGUACGCUCCACAUCGUUCACAUCUCUGUUCUUUGGAUGUUUGUCUCCAAGGGUGCCCGUGUUUCUCAUGCUGCGCCCUUUUCCAUUUUUACAAUCAAAUUGAUGUUGUGAUGUUGCUUUGUGUUUUGCUCCAAGAAGUCAGGGGGGAGGGCUUGCUCUGUUUGUCACCAUUCUGUCUUAAUCCUCAUGCAUUUUUGGCCACUUCCCCAUCCAACCACCCCCGAGUUUGCCAAUUCUCAUGUUGAUGGUCAUGCUAAGCUUUAACGUAGAAGCCUAUAUAUAUAUUCAUGGAGAAAGCCUAAAAAUGUAUAACCUAAUAAUAACUGUAACUGAUUUACUAUUUAGUAAGAAAAAAAAUGAAUGCAAAGUG